GAAAAGGCUGAAUGGCGUCUGUUUGUUAAUUAAACGCUGGGUGUGGAAAUUAAAAUGGACCGUUGGUUUGGCCAGCGGAGCAGAGACACAGACAGAUGAGCUGACAGAGACAGACACUGACAGAGACGGGCAUUCUUUCUGCUGUGGGGAAAUGCCAUGGUGAAGAAGUGAGAUGCUAAACCGUGAGACAGAAAAGCCGUAUUGCUGACCAGAAACCAGUGUUUAGGGAGCCAGAGUUUAUUUCUCUGUAACUCUGCUUAUCUGUGUGGAGCUGCCCUGGCUUUUAGAAAGUUCCUGAGCCUCCUCUAGCCUCCACACGUCCAUCUAUAAAGUGGGAGUGGGUCGCAGCCCUGAGGCUUGGAAGGAUUAGAAAACGGUGAGCACCAACUGAGGACAGCACCAUCUGCACGGCAACGCGGCUCUCAGAGUUCCUUGUGCCUCGUUCUCUUUUGGAAAGCAGGUUCCAGGGCUCCACCAGCCUGCCCCGCUUUCAUCUCUUCUGUGGUGGAAGAACACAGAACUCGGAGUCCUGUGGCCCUGGUUUGAAGCUGGGUGACUUUGGGCCAUGCAUCUUGCGUCUCUGAGCUGUGCAUGUCUGCAGAAUUCCAUGCAGGUUGUGAUUGAGUAACCAAGAUCCACUGGGAGAAGAUGUUACCUGAGAUCACCCAAGCACACUGGACGGGGCAAGGCUGAAGGACCUAGAACUUGAAUUUUUGAACCUGACCCCAAAACCCUGGGGAUUUCUACCACGGAGGCAAGCACCCCCUCACUGAGAAUUUCUGCUGCUCAGAGGUCCCAGGUGAUAAGACAAGUGGCCAGUUGUGGCCUUUCCACCGGUGAGCCCCUGAGGAAGUGGAGGAAGCCUGAAACAGCCUGCGGCUCUCAGACAAGAGGAACUCUGUGGUCUCUGAAAGUCUGUGGCAUGGUUCUUUUACUCUGACUUGUUCCCUUGCUCUUUCUCACUCUGCAAAAUGACUGGACGCUCCUGAAGCCUUCAGUCACCUUCCAGGGGAUUUUUUUCACCACAAAGGGUAAUUCCUGUUCCAUCCCCACUCUGACUCAGCUGUGACGUUGAACCACACAAGCCAGAAAGAAGAUAAAGUCACCAGAGAGUCCUGCUCACCAGAGAGGGUGGCCUGGGCUGGAACACACCUCCUCCCUCCCCACACACUCUGCAGGGCCAGACCUCUGGCCAACCUUGGACCCUGGGAUGGCCUCCAGCUCAGCCAGCAGCCCCCAUCCAGCUCCCGAUGAGAACGAGUUCCCCUUUGGGUGUCCCCCCUCCGUCUGCCAGGACCUGCCAGAGCCCAGGGCCCUCUGCUGCACAGCCUGCUGCCCUGAGAACCUAAGGAACAUCGAGGAUUGGAUCUGUCCCAAAAGCAGAGGGGACACCCUCCAAUCUGAAAGCCCAGGAAGCCUUCUGACCCAGGAGAAGGUUCACCCCGAGGUGGCCGAGGCUGGAGUUGGGUGCCCCUUUGCAGGUGUUGGCUGUUCCUUCAAGGGCAGCCCCCAGUCCCUACAGGAGCAUGAGGCCACCUCCCAGGCCACCCACCUGAACCUGCUGCUGGGCUUCAUGAAACAGUGGAAGGCCCAGCUGGGCUCAGGCACAGGUUCCAGGCCCACAGCCCUAGAGCGGAAUCUGUCAGACCUGCAGCUGCAGGCAGCUGUGGAGGUGGCGGGGGACCUGGAGGUGGACUGCUACCGAGCCCCCUGCUCUGAGAGCCAAGAGGAGCUGGCCCUGCAGCGCUUCAUGAAGGAGAAGCUGCUGGCCGAGCUGGAGGAAAAGCUCCGCGUGUUUGAGAACAUUGUUGCUGUGCUCAACAAGGAGGUGGAGGCCUCCCACCUUGCCUUGGCUGCCUCCAUCCACCAGAGCCAGCUGGACCGUGAGCGCAUCCUGAGCUUAGAGCAGAGGGUGAUGGAGUUGCAGCAGACACUGGCCCAGAAAGACCAGGUGCUGGGAAAGCUGGAGCAGAGCCUGCGCCUCAUGGAGGAGGCCUCCUUCGAUGGCACCUUUGUGUGGAAGAUCACCAAUGUCACCAGGCGGUGCCAUGAGUCUGCUUGUGGCAGGACAGUCAGUCUCUUCUCCCCAGCUUUCUACACUGCCAAGUAUGGCUACAAGUUGUGCCUGAGGCUCUAUCUGAACGGAGAUGGCACAGGCAAGAGGACCCACCUGUCACUUUUCAUCGUGAUCAUGAGAGGAGAGUAUGAUGCUCUGCUGCCGUGGCCUUUCCGGAACAAGGUCACCUUCAUGCUACUGGACCAGAACAAUCGCGAGCACGCCAUCGACGCCUUCCGGCCCGACCUGAGCUCAGCAUCCUUCCAGAGGCCCCAGAGUGAAACCAACGUGGCCAGCGGCUGCCCGCUCUUCUUCCCCCUCAACAAGUUGCAAUCGCCCAAGCACGCCUACGUGAAGGAUGACACCAUGUUCCUCAAGUGCAUCGUGGAGUCCAGCUCUUAGGGUGGCAGGGCCUCCUGAGGGAGCACCAGUCCAGACUGGGGGCUUGCAGGGUGACUGAUAGCCUGUCCCUGUGCCCAGGAGCAGGACAGACAGCUUGACUCUGGCUGCUGGCAACAUGGCAGGACCUUGGGCUGGGCCGAAAGGGUUCAGAAGAGGGCAGGGAAAAUUGCUCCCCUCAGCACAGACCACACAAUAUGAGGCACCAUCGAGCCACUCAAACCUGAAUGAAUGUUGGGGUAGAGAGGCUGAGCCAGGCAGGAUGGUACACCCCUAUCAUUCCAGCACUUUGAAAGGCUGAGGCAGGAGGAUCGCGAUUCCUGGCCCAGCCUGGGCACCUUAGUGCCUUAGU